AUGGAGAGAGCCUCAGAAGGGGAACACCAUAAUGAAAGAUCAGGGUCAAAAAGUGCAGGAGGUGCGUACUUCAUUUCCACACAGAUGCAAGCAAGGCAUGAAGAGGUAAUAAAUCAUGAACAGGAUGUUUUAAGCAAGAGAAAAUCGUUAUCGAUGCUACAGAAAUAUAAAAAUGAAAAUAUAAAUGAUGUUAGAAAUCUAGAUAUGAGACGAACUAAAACGCAAAUGAAGAAGUCACGAAGAAAAAAGAAAAUGUCUAUGAAUGAUUUGGUAAGAGAUACAUUUGGGAAUAUAUCAGAAGAAAUGUCAGGAUCGCAGUCUAAAAUAGAUCAAUUUCUUAAAUCAAUCACGCGAGUGAAUGAUUUGGAAGGUCUAACGAAGAAGGAUACUUAUUUAUAUUCCAAAGAGGAGUGGAUAUCAAUAAUGAAGAGCAUUAAAAUGAAAUUCCCAAAUCUUUCAGAUAAAUAUAAAAGAAAUCUAAACGGUAUUUUGGGUGAGAUCGCUAUGAUCGAGAAAGAAGAAGCAAAAUAUCAUGGCCUUUGGACCCAUGCAUCCUCUCAUCCAGAAUCUAAACUUAGUGACUCUGACUUGAAAUGGCUAUAUGACCUAAACGAUAACCAGGUAGGUUCGAGUUGUGAGAUUUGUGAUGGCGAAGGUGAGAAUGUUGAAGAAAGACCAGAAACAGUACCUUAUGUUUCAACCCUUUCCCAAAUUUUUAAUGAUAGGAGCGAUCAUCUUGAUGAGCUCCAUGAUAUGACUGAGAUACUGAAUUCUGAGUGGGAGCCAAGUCCUCUCUUGGAUCCACCAGUGAAGUUACUCGACAAUUUUGAUAUUGAGGUAGGAAUGGGAAAUGAUAUUAUUUCAGAUAAUAGGUUGCACACAUAUGGAAGUGAACUUAAAGAGGCAGCGGAACCAUCUAUGGGAACGAAUGAAAUAAUUGAGAUUGGCUCAUCUCCCGGGAACGAAGAGAAGCCAAGAGAUGUAUUGACCAUCUACCAUGACGAGGCUUUCAGUUCGAAACAAAACUCUCAAGUUCUAUCUUCAAUCUAUUCAACAGCUCGCUCGCAGAUUCAGUCAUACUCACUGCCAAGUGGUACAACUAAUCUUAAGGGAAAAAAACCUUUACAUACAUCGAGAGUUGAAGUUCCAAGUGUUUUCAAUGUAAGGGAAUUUAAAGAUCAUGACAAAAAGAUAAGUCUUACUUACUUGUAUUCUCGCCCUGUUUUGAUUGACUCUGAUAAUGAAAUCCAAGAUUCAGAAGAUGAUCCUAUUCAGGACAAUAGCAUUAGCGUCAUUGAAAUAACAAGAGAGGAAGAUGUUACGAAUGAUCUCAUUUGCAUAAGUAGCGAGGAUGAUGUUAAUUAUAAUUUAAAAUCAGCUGAAAAUACAGCUAUUGAUAAGUCAAUCUUACAAGUAUGCUCGAGUCCUGAUACGAAGCUGAAGGAAGACUUGAACUUCUCACUUCCUGCUGAAGAAAACUUAAUCAAUGAUGAUACUUUUGUCUCGCCAUCACAAAGUAGAUCUAUAGAGAGCCAAAACCUGCCAUUAUCGCCAUUAUCUAAAUAUAAUAUGAUUUCAUCUGAAAGUCAAAAAUUAGAUUGUGACAAUUCAAAUACGUUCCUAUCUAUGGAAACACAUGCAAUACUCAUAACAUUGUUAAAGCAAGAUCGAUAUUGGCUAGAUAGAAUACUCAGCUUUGAACCAUUUCCUGUGGAAGAGCUUAUGUCUCGGUUACAGCGUUCGAAUAUUAAAAUCGAAAUGUCUUGCUUGGAAAGCUUUCUUGAUGAGAGCGGAAUCAGUUACUUUAAAAAGAAGCAUCACGUCUGA